AUGGUUAUUAAUUGGGCCAAAAAACGCAUGCGUGUCUGUGCCGGACCACCGAAACUGGAAGGAAAAAAUCUCUCUGAACUGACUGAAAAGGACCUUUGCCCAGUUGGUGAGCCAGACGUGAGUUCGGGCUCCUCGAAAAACACAUUGGAAGCUUCUGGAAGUACCAGUGGCCAAGGUCAAAGUGGGGGCCUUAACCCUGGGGGCAGCGGAUCAAAUGGUGUCGGUGGAUUGCAAGAAGGCGGUUGGAAGGAAGAGCAAACUAAAGAGGCCGGUGUUCGUACCGAGGUCAUUAUCGCCGGCGCAGUUGUUGGUGUUCUAGUGUUGGCUUUCGUUGCUUUUCUCAUCAUCUACAAAUAUCGCCUCUACCCCAAGAGCAAAUCAAGGGAAGAGAGAACAAGUCGUACCCACCAAAAUAAGAGAUAUGUGUAA